AUGGCUUCGGCGGUCGAAACGAUCAUUGAAGUUGCGACCGCAGCCAACGCCUCGGAUACGCAUCAAAACAGCCGCGCGGAUCGUCGGAUGGACAUCACCAAUGGCAGCGGCGACAGUCAACGCGAAACCGAUAGCUGGCUAGCCACGGCAGCAGGAACUCAUCAGGGAAGACUCACUAACAAACCAUCCGGAGCGGUCAUCGCCCUUAUCAUGGUGCCACUCUGUUUGUCUGUUUUUCUCUCCUCAUUGGACUUGACUAUGGUCACUCCAGCGAUACCUUCCAUCGCUGCCGACUUCCAAUCAUCAUCGGGCUACAUCUGGGUUGGCGGAGCGUUCAUCUUGGGGAGCACAGCCGUGACCCCAGUCUGGGGCUCCGUGGCCGACAUUUGGGGACGCAAGCCUAUUAUGCUUAUUGCCCAGGCCUUUUUCUUCGUCGGCAGUCUGUUGUGCGCGCUUGCCCCCAACAUGGAUGCGUUCAUUGCUGGCCGCGGUGUUCAGGGAAUCGGGGCAAGCGGCAUGGGCAUAUUGGUCAACACAAUAAUCUGCGAUACCUUUUCGAUGCGAGACCGUGGCCUCUACCUCGCUAUCACGUCGAUUAUGUGGGCUGUAGGGACAGCGGUGGGGCCAAUUCUCGGUGGCGUUUUCACCACCAGGGUACACUGGAGGUGGUGUUUCUGGAUGAAUUUACCCAUCGGGGCCGUAGUAUUUGUUGUUCAGCUACUCUUCCUCAGAAUCCCCAUGCCUAGAACCCCUGUUCUGGCUGGCUUAAAGGCCAUCGACUGGACUGGCAGCCUGCUCAUAAUUGGGUCUGCUUUAAUGGUCCUUCUCGGUCUAGAGUUCGGAGGUGUCACAUUCCCAUGGUCAUCAGCGGCUGUUAUCUGUCUUAUCACCUUUGGCACCGUUGUGUUGGGCAUGUUCCUGGUCAACGAAUGGAAGCUAGCAACAAAUCCUGUGGUUCCAUUACGCUUGUUUUCAAAUGGCUCGACAGUGGCGGCUUAUCUGGUCUACGUUUGCAACUUCUCCGUUCUAAUCGGUCUAUCUUAUUAUCUUCCCCUCUACUCGCAGUCGGUGCUGGGGUCCAACGCCUUGAUAUCCGGGCUUCAUCUCCUUCCUCUCAUCGUAUCUAGCUCACUUGCAGCCGCUUGCACCGGGGUGUUCAUCCAGAAGACGGGCAUAUAUCUUCCGAUCAUGUACGUAGCCCAGGUCUUGCUCACCCUCGGAGCUGGACUGUUCCUCAACCUCGCCUUCGAGAAGAAGAUCACCAGACUUGUCGUUUAUCAGAUUAUCACAGGAGUUGGCAUCGGUUUAAACAUGGAGCCGCCGCUUCUUGUAGCGCAGGCGACUGCGACAGCGCUGGACACGGCUGCUGUUAUCUCGACCAUGAGUUUCCUUCGAUCGAUCUGCACGGCCAUCAUUGUCGUCGUCGGCGGCGUCGUUUUCCAAGGCCAGAUGGUGGCGAACAACGGCGGGCUAGCUGCGCAGAUCGGCCAAGAUCUCGCCGCUCAUUUCAAUGGGGAACACGCCACUGCUAGUGUUGAAAUGAUUGGAUCUUUGCCGGCUGAUGUGCAGGAAAUUAUCAGACGCACAUAUUUCCAGGCACUACGUGCAAUAUGGAUAAUGUGCGUGGCUGUUGCCGGCAUGUCGCUGAUCUCAAACAUUUUUGUUCGUGCUCAUCAUCUAAGCUCCGAGACUAAAGGGGCUGUUCUUGGGCUUGAGAGGGCACGAGAGGAAGGAAAUACCCGGCGGCAACGACAGCUUAGCACCUCGUCACAGACUCAUUCCAUCGAGCUCACGCAAGUGCGAGAAGAGAGCCUCCGGUUGCGCCAAUAG